UUACUGAAUUUCAAGUUCGACUCAAACUCGAAAAAUUGUGCCAAAGAUCGCAAAAAAACGCAUCAGACGGAUGAGAACGAGACCAAGAAGCUCGAGAAGAAGUCAAUAAGUAGUAAAAAUGACAUUAUGACAAAUCGAUAGCUGCGAAAUAGUGCCCAAGUUGCCACUACUCUCAAAGGCUACAAAGGAGGCCGAAAUUCUAGGUUGGUAUUCCAAGCCACUCCAUGAGGAGUAGAUGCUCUGCUGAAGGAUUUUAAAAGAGAAGAUUACCACCUGAUCAAACCCCUUGAAGCAUUAAUGACCAUGAUCCUUGGCCAAAAAUACUAGCACAUUUAAAAACCCUACUAUAAAAUGACAUAUGUUAAACAUAAUGAUCUGUAAAUACCCACCAUGAGGUCAGGCGGAAAACAAUAUUUCCCUUAGAUAAGUAUAGCAACAUAAUCUCAACAACAACAACACCAUAACAAUGUAAAGAGCAAAACAAAAACAUAUACACUUAGCUGAGAACAAAAAAAUUUCCCGAGAACAGCCAAAAACCGGUCUCAACUCGUAAAAUGAUAUUCUGAAAUCGAUUGAAAAUAAUAAUGUUUUGAGUUUGGCGAACAGCAGUCUAUUACUGAUAGUCGUUGGGUAAACACAUUGCUCGCGGAGAAAAAACACACGCUCGCCAGACAAGUCUCAAAUUAUUCAAAAAGCAUUUCUAUAAUUAUGGCCAAAAAUCUAUCGAAUCCCCUUAAGGUGGCGCUAAGAAGUCGCAUGAAAGGUGAAGUUUUGAAAAACAUUACACCCGAAUCCAGAGCCAAACAGUCAAAGGCCAUAACCGAAAAGGUUUUGCAAACGGAAGCAUUCCGUAACUCACAACGUAUAAGCAUCUAUUUGAGCACCAGCUCAGAGGUGGACACGGGCGAAUUGUUGAAUGAAUGUUUUCGUUUGGAAAAACAUGUUUUUGUGCCAACCUAUGAGGGUAGCAAUAUGGAAAUGGUACGUCUGAAAAAUUUGGAAGAUUACAAUUCAUUGCCGUUAACCAAAUGGAAUAUCAAGCAACCCAGCGCCAAAGAGGGCCGUGAGAAUGCUUUGACAAAUGGACAAGGCAUUGAUUUGUUCCUUAUGCCAGGCGUAGCUUUUACCUUGACCGGUGGCCGAAUGGGUCAUGGUAUGGGCUAUUAUGAUGGCUAUCUGAGACGUCACCAAAACACCUAUCCGAAUAAGAAAACCACUUAUAUGGCUUUGGCAUUUCGCGAACAGAUUGUCGACGAGAGCGAAUUACCCUUGGACGAUCAUGAUGUAAAAAUUCAUACAAUUAUAACAGAAUAGAGAAAAAAAAAACAGAGAGCAAAGAUUUAUGGACGAAGCACUGAUUGACCAGUGCCAAAUAGACUAACUAAGGAUUAUCAAUUUAGUUUUGAUAAGGAAUAAAAAGCAAUAAUAAAUGGUGAUAACAACCAUGACACGAGCAGAGAAAUGCACAAUGUAAUUAAUAUUUUUUAGAAUGACGUUGAUAAUAAAAUAAUUUGUUUAUUAGUUUGUUUGUAUUUUGUUCUAUACAUACUAAAUAUGUUUUUGUAUUUUGUCUUUGUUUAUGCAAAAAAAGCAAUAUUGUUUUAAAAUUGAGUCAAUAAAGUAGUAAAGGAAACUAAAAUGGAAAA